GUUUGGAGGUUUCUGUGUAUCUGAGGCUUUCUGAAGGGUUAAGACUCAUGCUUUAUCUGUAAGAGAAUCACCUGCCAUCCUUAAAAAUGAGCUGGGAGCACGGAUCCUGAGAGAACGGCAGCAUUCACCUCGAAUCACUCUGGCUUGAAGACUUAUGAGAGGAAAAAAAGUAACCAAGAGCUUGGGGGUGUUUUCUGAGCCGUGGGUGAAGCAAAACAGUUUUGUGUGAAGAAAUUCUUCAGCCAUGGAUGUGUUCAUGAAAGGACUUAACAAGGCAAAGGAGGGAGUUGUAGCAGCAGCAGAAAAAACCAAGCAGGGAGUGGCAGAAGCAGCAGGAAAGACGAAAGAGGGAGUCCUCUAUGUGGGUUCCAGGACCAAGGAAGGAGUUGUUCAUGGUGUCACAACAGUGGCUGAGAAGACCAAAGAGCAGGUAUCCAAUGUUGGGGGAGCUGUGGUGACAGGGGUGACGGCAGUGGCCCAGAAGACAGUGGAAGGAGCAGGGAAUAUUGCUGCAGCCACUGGCUUGGUGAAGAAGGAUCAGCUGGCUAAACAGAAUGAAGAAGGUUUCCUGCAGGAAGGGGUGGUGAAUAAUACUGAUAUUCCCGUGGAUCCCGAGAACGAGGCUUAUGAAAUGCCUCCAGAGGAAGAGUAUCAAGAUUAUGAACCUGAAGCAUGAGAAAUCUUUUCUUCCUUUAUAUCUCCUGAAAUCUACUAACAAAGACGUCCCAUCCUGUACAAGUGCUGAGUUCCAAUGUGCCCAGUCGUAAAAUUUUUUUACAGUUUUUACAGUGUAUUUUGAAGUCUUCCAUCAGCAAUGAUUGGAGUAUCUGUGACUGCAUCCACCUUGUUUCAGCAUUUCCCUCCUGCUGAAAUGAAAGCUGGUUGGCGGGGUCAUUGUUGUGCUGUGGAUAUUGUGGCUUCACUUUUAAAAGUUAAAAACAAAAUACUAAAUAAAAACACCUAAGUGUCUACUGCUUAUUUCUAACUCUGUACAUGUUUUGUUGAUAGGCUGUCAGUAAUUUGAUAUUGUUUAUGAUACGAUUUUUAUUUGUUUCCUAUGACUAUUAUUUCUGUGCAGAAAAGACUUAUUGUGAAAGCUUUAUGUAAAUGUGUAUGUAUUAUAUAUAUAAAAAAGUAACUGAGCAUGAACUAUGCACCUAUAAAUAUUAACUGUUGAAAUUUUAUUGUUUUGUGAUGUGUUUUAUUAACUUGUGUCUGUAAAUAAUGGUGUUCAACUGAAGCAAAUAAAAUGUAA